GAGAGAACCCGCAAGGCGCUUCCGUUUCCGGUUGCUUUGACGUUCCCGCCUCUUCGAAUCCGGUCUGAAAGAAAUAAAGAAAGGAAGAAAGACGCCUCAGCUGGGUGCGUCAGAGUCGCGCUUCUCCUUUCCCCGCUUCGGUUUCUUCUGCUUCGGCCGUCGUCUUCGUUUCCGUUUUUCAGGAAAUACCAUUGCCUCGCCCUCAAGCCACUGAAACUUUUCUCCUGCCCUUCUGACUUAGGAAAUGAGGUACCUGAAGCUUAUGUCACCUGAGUCAGUUAUGUGAGCAGUGUAGAAAUGGAUGAAACUGCUGAUUUUAUGAAGAUGGAUGCUGGAGACUAUGUAUUAGCUAAUCACACUUCUGUAUUCAAGACCUUUCCUCUACAACAAAAUGCUCUCUCAGGGGAUCAACUUCCAGUGUCUGGCAACAAGUUUGUACCAAACAAGUUUAGCAGUUUGGAGAGACCUUUCACUUGUUCAACUGGAAAUGCCUCCUGUAGUCUUAAUUACUGUUCAGAAGUUCCAUCCCCGGAGAGCUAUCAAGCAGCAAGCAUGCUAAGAACAUUUGAAACAACUGCCAAUGGACAGUGGAGGAGCUGUGUUCCUACUCUGGGUCCUGCUUUGCAGAAGCCUAGAGCAAGUCGGAGUGCAUAUUUUGAAACUCGCAAAAGCUCGAGCGGAACACCAAAUUCCUUUGUAGGGAAAUCAAACCACCAUUGCCACAUUUCUGCCUAUGAAAAAUCCUUUCCAAUUAAGCCUGUUAACAGUCUGUCAUGGAGUGCUUCAUGUCGUCGGAAUUUACUAAGCCCCAAAAAAUCCCAGAGGAGAUUCAUCAGUACGGCAGAAGAGACAGUUCGAGAGGAAGAGAAAGAAAUCUACAGGCAGCUGCUUCAAAUGGUUACAGGGAAAAAAUUCUCGACCUCCAAGUCAUCUUCACUGUUGCCUCUCCACCUGCCCAGAUAUGCAGGUUUCACUAAAAACCUUGUGAAAGAAACUGAAAAUAAAAGUAGGAUACCAUCUGAAGUUUAUGGCAUCACUCCAGUUAAUCGGUCAACCGAUGUUCUCAGGACUCAGGGACAGCCUUCUUAUAAACCACUGCCACACCCUAUGCAUAGUUAUCCCUCACGCGUUACCUUUGAGCCCAAGGACACCAGUACACCAGUUCAGCAAAAUAAUCUACCAUCAUCAGAUGUGCAGCCUAAAGGAUCCGACUCUGUCAUCAUGCUCAAUGGCCAAGACUACAAAUCUCCAGCUCCAAGCAUCCCUUUCUUUGAGGCUGAGUUGUGGAUCAAAGAACUGACAAGUGUGUACGAUUCUCGAGCCCGUGAGAGAUGGCGGCAGAUAGAGGAGCAGAAAGCUUUGGCAUUGCAACUGCAGAGCCAGAGACUACAGAAGCAGGAGUUUUCUGUACCUGAUUCAGUAGACUUGCAUCUGCGAGUACCUCUUGAGAAGGAGAUUCCUGUCACGAUUAUCCCAGAAAAUGCCAAGACAGUUGAUGCUGACGAGUUCCCCGAUAUUACAGAGGAAAUGGACAGGGAAAUAAAGAGUGUUCUACGAAGUGGGAACCAGGAUGAGGUGCUCAGUGAAGCUUUCCGAUUAACAAUAACUCGAAAAGACAUCCAAACCUUGAACAACCUCAACUGGCUCAAUGAUGAGAUAAUCAACUUCUACAUGAAUAUGCUGAUGGAGAGAAGUAAACAGAAGGACUUUCCAACUGUACAUGCAUUUAACACAUUUUUCUUCACCAAGUUGAAAACUGCUGGGUAUCAAGCUGUGAAACGUUGGACUAAAAAAGUGGAUAUAUUCUCUGUAAACAUCUUGUUGGUGCCUAUUCACCUUGGUGUCCACUGGUGCUUAGCAGUCAUAGACUUCAGGAAGAAUACCAUCACUUACUAUGAUUCAAUGGGUGGAAGUAAUAGUGAAGCUUGCAAGAUACUGUUGCAGUACCUAAAGCAGGAAAGCCUGGACAAAAAGCGAAGGGAAUUUGAUUCCAAUGGCUGGAUGCUGCUGAGUAAAAGGAGCCAGGAAAUCCCGCAACAGAUGAAUGGCAGUGACUGUGGGAUGUUUGCCUGCAAAUAUGCUGACUGCAUUACCAAAGACAAACCAAUCAAUUUCACUCAGCAACAUAUGCCUUAUUUCCGAAAACGGAUGGUCUGGGAGAUCCUCCAUCGCAAGCUUCUGUGAUUUCAUGCCAGACACAGGACCACCCUUCAGAGACUGAACUAGGCCUUUGCCCUCCUCUGCUAUCCCCGAUGCGGACUGCGUGGGUUUCCCCACUGACACAAGACUCUGUACAAUACAUUUUUGUGGAUUUUAAAAUAUAUAUUAUAUAUAUAUAUUUUAUUUCAUGGACCAGUGUGCUGUGGAAUUCUCUCAGAAGCACACUUCCCUGUUUUUUGUAUUUUGAAACCUUAUUUUUACAAGCAAUUUUAGGAGUUCAGUUUUGACCUCCAAGGAGUUCUCUCCACAGUCUCUGCCCUUUUCCAGAUGGCUGAUUUGUACAAACAUCUUAAGACUUGCUAAGCUUCAUUUGGAGUGUGUGUGGGGCUAAAGCAUUUGCAUGGUUGUACUGUGUCUCCCCUGACUGGAGAAAAGUUAACUCCACAGUGCUCAGUAGAGGCAGUGCUGUUGUCUUUUCUGUAGCAAAAAGUGUAAAGCAUGGAAGUAAAAUGCACGGGUACGUGUGUCUUCAAAACCCGUGUGUGUGUGUCUGGGAAAUCUGAUAUGCCCAGGUUCCCUAGACAAGUCUGCAUAUAUGUUUUACUUCUGCUCUUCAUGUGUUGGCUGUGUCCCACAGCAACUGUAAUUUGUAGCACUGCCCUUAGUUUGUUGAAUGAUAUGAUGACUAGGUGAGAAUGGAAGCUCUAAUAAACACCAGCACAUAAGAAGCAGCUUGCUGCCUUUCUCCCAUGACAUAACCUUCCCUUCCCUUCCAUUCUGUAGCAGGGCAUGGGACAUGAAAGGUUAACAAUCCUCUUUUCACAGAUGCUCAAGCAAGGGGCCUUCCUAGCAUUCAGAAUCUAUUCUCUUAGUGGAUCUUUCAUUAACUCUCCUUUAACUCAAAACCUAGGGCCAACUGCCUGUCUAUUGGAAAGAUGAGAUAUUUAUCUGCAAAGACAUGCUGCACUGAGAGUCUUUCUCUUAGGUGCCGCCUCCAUUAUGGCCUCUCACUGGCAGACUGUGUGUGUAUGGAAUCUGAUCGAGCAGGGAAGGGUAGACUUGAGAGUUGCAGGUCACUUCUGGGGCCCUGUUCAUUGUGCUCAAAUGCCUGGGGUCAGCCCUAUAAAAGCCAGCAUCCCCACCCAACCAUAUACUUAGCCUGUUCUCAGAAUCUAAGGAGAUCCUGAACUUAGGAAGGACUGUUCCAUUGUGUUCUUGAGUCAAUAGGAGUUGCAAGCAAACUAAGCAGCUAUAGGUUGAAUGGGUGCUUAUCUGACAAAGGAGAGUGGAGCAGUUGUUGAUCAUCAAGCUCUUUGUGGAAUUUAGGUACAAUAAGACUUGUUUAAAGCUCUUUUAUAAUUGUUUUUAUACCGUAUAUAUUUAUAAGCCUUUCCCAAUGGUGCAGUGAACAAAUAAACAUCUGUUGGGUUUUGCA